UAUGUUGUUGCUAGGUUGUUAGCUAGAGAUUUCUCCAACUAGUCGUUUUGCCAUUUUUCCUCUCGAAAUCACCAAGCCCUGCAAACACCGUAAUACCGAAAGAAUGACGCAUGUAUGCAAGGGUGCAUUUGAAUUUUAAACAACCAAACAGCUUUGCUUUAUGCUCGGGUUAAGCAAACAGCGUCGGACUCAACGACCAACAUAGAGGCGCAAAGUCGACGUCUGCUAACAUAGCAUCUUCGUAAAGCAGCUGGCAUGUCAACAGUUUGCCGCAGGGUGUCUUACUGCAGGGAUUUAGUUUUUUGGGUAUUUCGUGGACUUUAACCGUGUCAUUAUUGUCAAUGUUAAGUUAGCCAAUGCAGCAUUACUUCAGAAACGUGAGGCUCUAGAGACACGGGGCGAACAAGAUGGCAAAAUGAAACUACAGAGAUCAACGACAGGAAGAUGUGGGUAAUUUACCAUAAAUAACUACAACAUGGAGGAACAUAACCUGGUGACUGUAAUGCCUUGCACACCCCCACUCUUAUGACACCAACAGGGAGAUAUGGGCUUCCUCAGACUGGUGGUCAGAAUCAUGGGUAGGAUCAGUACUUUCCGGUCCUAUCAGUUUGUGCUUCUGCUCGCUGCUGCGCUUGCUGUUGCAGCUUUUUACUACUUCGGCUCAGAGAGGCAGAACUUCUCCAGCACCACAAAGAGGAUCAAGCAGACCCAGUCCACACACAACACCAACAGAAACGAUGCAGAUUUAACUGUGGACACCAGGCUCUCACCCAAAGAUGUAUCUGAGGAGCAGGGAGAGGAACAGCAAGAUGUGGGAGGAGUGAGCGAAGAAUUUAGGCCCGGGAAGGGAGAGAUUGGUGGCUCUGGUGACCAACACUACCACGCACUCAUGAUGUUCACCAAGGUGGACAAAAGUCGGAGUCUGCAGGACAAGUUCAGAGUGGCAAUGUUGUCUAUGGUGAAGCACGGAGAGUUCAUGGAAGGAGAGGUGUUGGUCCUUCAUUUUGUGAGCGAUCCAGCCAGCAAAGAACUGGGAGAGAAGAUGCUGCAGGAAUUUCUCCUUGAUGCAACGUUUAAGUAUGAGGUGUUGUUCCAUGACGUGGUUGAUCUCACACACAAGCUGUUCCCCAUCGUAGAGGCCAUGCAGAAGUACUUCAGCGCCGGCUCUGGGGCUUACUACAGCGACGCCAUUUUCUUCCUGUCUGUUGCCAUGCAUCAAAUCAUGCCUGAAAGUCUGACGCGCAUAGUGCAGCUUGACCUGGAUCUGAAAUACAGGACCAACAUCAGGGACCUUUUUAAAGAAUUUGACCGGUUUCCUCCAGGAGCGGUGAUAGGCAUCACCAGAGAGAUGCAGCCCGUCUACAGACACACCUUCUGGCAGUAUCGUAAGGAGAACCCUCGGACCAGAGUGGGCGACCCUUCCCCUGAGGGGCUCCCGGGCUUCAACAGCGGGGUAAUGUUAUUGGACCUUGGUGCUAUGAGGGAGUCGGCUCUCUACAACCAACUGUUGAAGCCCAGCAAUGUGGCCAAGCUAGCAGACCAGUAUCGCUUCAGGGGCCACCUGGGGGACCAGGACUUCUUCACCAUGAUCGGUAUGGAGCACCCGGAGCUGUUUUACCCCCUGGCCUGUGGGUGGAACCGGCAGCUGUGCACCUGGUGGAGGGACCACGGGUACGGAGACGUGUUUCAGAUGUAUUAUCGCUGCGAAGGACUUGUCUAUAUCUACCAUGGCAACUGUAACUCCCCUAUACCAGAUUACUGAUGUAAACACUGGACUGAUGUUGGAACUGAAAAGGUGUCAAUGACAUCGGCAAUAUCGUUCAAAGGAAAUGUUUUCCUGCUUUGGAAGAUAGGAUCAUGACUUUAAUGACAGUUUCCUGUCUUGACCACUGAGCUGCUGCUAUAGUCGCAGACUUUGCCCCCUGCUGGUCAAGGGGCCACUGAAGGGCCCACCCAUACACAACUUCUACAAAUGUUGUGUUCAUCUGUGUCAUUUUAGAAUACAUUUUGACACUCAGGCCGAACACAGCCCUGUGUUUCAGGAAUGCAGGAGAUACAAUAAUAAGGGUGGGAUUCUUCAGGUACAGAGAUGAUGAAAUAUGAUCUAUGAAGUUCAGAUCUAUUAAUUUACAGGCUAAAAAGUCAAAAAAUGCUGAUCACGUUACAAAAUAAUAAACCCAGAAGACGUUGUAGUCUGUAAUUGAUUGGCUGAAUGAUGUGGCAUUGGGGAGAUGGGGUCCGUGCAGGGGCCCUCUGCAUGGCAUAGUGCUGCAGCCAUGCAUGAAUUAUCGUUUUUUAAAUACAGGGCUAAUGUCAGUAUGAAUGAGGCCUAAUGCGUCAUACAUUGUCAUUGUCAAUGCCAAAAAGUAUUUUGUCCUUUCAAUUGAUUGUAUAUUAUUUGAUUUCUAUACAUAUUGUUAAUUGUUUUGAGAAGAAUAUAUAAUAGUAUAAGUGAUUAUUUGUUCUACUUAAUAACAAGGAAUUAAUAUUGCUGACAAAGGUUGGAAUGUUAUCUGCAAUAAAUAUAGGGUCAGCAAAUGUGAUAAAUAGUAUUAACAAAAAGAGUAUUGUACCUUUUGAUUCCCAGCACCUCAAGCUUUCCAUAUUGGCCCCUAAGUCCCCUAUGUCACCUUUUCCUCCGACAGCACCACACCAGGGGAAGGCUCAUCUGGCACCUUUUACACUCCUCUGUGGCUGGUAGAACAGGAGGGGUUUAUUUCCCAGCCGUCUGAAUUCUACACAUUUCUGUAAAACACAGGGAAAAAAAUCCCAUCAGAGUAUAGACGUGGCCAGGGAGAUAAUAGUUAAGAAUGAUGGCUGAUAUAAAUAUUCAGAAGCCAAACACACACACACACACGUUGGAAAACUGAGCCACACCAGAGUUUUCUUGCUCUGCUCACUGAACUGCUACUCCGAUUCCCAGAAAUGUUAACACUCGAUAUUCAUCAGUCAAGAAAUUGUCUGAGGUGAUGCACAUUAACUCACACGUGCACACAGAGGGAAGCAGCUUAGUGGCUGGCACCUUCAGUCGAGUUGGAGGAAGGCUACUGAAGACUCGUGAGAAUUAACAUUAUCCCAAAUCAAUUCGCUUCCCUUGAAUUCACCCUGAAGCUGGUCAAUAGUUUUUCGUGGCUCUUUCAGAACAACUCUUUUGUCUUCUUAGCUCUCAAAAAAUAGAGUAAAUACUGAAAAACAACUCUCAGUCCCUAAUUGCACUUUACAACUUUAAAAGGGUUUUUGUUGACUAGAUGAUGGUAAAUUGAUAUUCCUGAAUUAUUUAUCCUUUUUUUAAAGACCAGUCCAAUGGUUUUGUAAAUGUUGGCCCAUAAUCUAAUUAAUGCAAAUAUGUAGCUUUGGAUAUAUUACCUACUUUAUUUCCUGCAGUAAUUGCUUCCUAUUUCUUCCAUGACAUUUUGAAGAUUGCAGAGACUCACUGAUUUGACAAAACAUAAUCCUGUUGUGUUGCUGUGGAACAUCUUAUAGUUAUAAGAGUGGUGUAUUUGAGGAAACAGAUAGGAUAAACAUCUGCUAAUUAUAGUGAUCCUGGAAUGAAAAUGCAGACAUGGACACUGUGAAAAGGUCUAAUGAAUUUGGAUUGUUCCUUUUAAGAUAUUCAGCUACCAAGUCUCAACUCUCCUGCCGUUAUGAGCAUCUUUUUAUGCAGGUAGAUUACGUUGUCCCUGCUUACAACUGCUUUACCAAUGUGACCAAGCAAUACAAUUAACAAUUCAAUGUGAUGGAUAACAUGGUCCUAAAUACAUUUAGAAAAGCUGACUUUCUAAACAUAUUGUAAAGAAUCUAAACCACUGGAGAAAGAGAGAGGGGAAACUCUGUAAAAUGUGCAUUGAUCUGGUGGUACCUUUCUUUCUCAGUAUCCUUGUGCUGUUCAAUCACUACUUUGUAAACAUUUAGUUGUAUGGGUCCAUAAUAUAACAUGGGAAUUGCUGGGAAGUUUCCUGGAAAUAACUGUAACGUGUUUACUAAUAAUAGGGGAAAUAUGCAUUUCCUUGAACAGACUACUCUAUUUAAAUCAAAGUAAAUAUGUACUCAUUUAUCAUUCAUCACACCCAGUCCAAUGCUUCAGUGUGAAAAAGGAUACAUGUAAAAGGGCUAACAGAUGUUUGCACAUUAGCGUAAUUACUGUAAAUGUUCCAAACCUCGCUUAGCAAACAUUUGACAGAUUAGAAAGCUGCUGUGUUGAAAGGCAUUUUUACAUGAAGCCAAACAUUGGUUAUGUGCUUUUUAAAAGAGUGUUUGAACUCAACAACCUUUCAUGGAUGAGCUUCCUGUGACACAGUAAACAGUAAACUUCCUGUUUGUCUUUACAUUAUUUCCCAAUUUUGUAAUUUAGUUUUUUUGUGUGUGAUCAGCUUUUUCAAAUAAAUGAUAUGAUGAGUUCUCUCUA